CAGCGAGCCAACAACACGAACCAGCACCAGCACGGCUCGCUCGCACUUCGCAGACAGACAGACAGGCUCAGAGCAGCAGCAGUGAGAGCCGCGGGCGCACGAGCGUUUGUCGAGUGUGUGCGUCGCCCAGGAAGGAAGAAGGAAGGUGGCCGCUGGAUGGACUGGCAGUGAGAGACAAGCGGAAAAAGUGGUGUGCCAUGCGCCGCUGAACCUUUGCAGACCAACAAUCCAAGUCGUCGUCGGUGUCAGUAGCGCAACAAUGGCAAACAACAAUAGCGGCGCCGCCAAGAGCUCGAGUCCCGUAGUGCGGAUGGACGGCGACUCGGACUCGCUGCAGGCACUGUUCGACUCGGUGCUCAAGCCCAACUCGCAGCGGCCGCUGCAGGUGCCCCUGCGCAUGAGGAAACUGCCCGACUCGUUUUUCAACCCGCCAUCCAAGGGUUCAAAGUCGGGCUCGGUCAGCUCCAUCUCGCACAGCCGCGAAAACAGCGCCGACUCGGCCUUCGGCGCCAGCAGCACCACCCCCAGCUCAACGGCGGCCGGUUCGCCGCAACAGCUGGCGCCGCAGCCGGCGCCGCCACCACCGGCGCUGCAGAUCAGCCACCCGAGGGCCCACAGUUCGCCCGCCUCCCUGCAACAGACGUACGCCUCGGCGCACCAACAGGUGCCGUCGGCCUCAGUCGGCGCCCAGCACCUCCGGCAGCGCAGCUACGACAUCCUCGGUGACAGCGGCGACGCCCUCGGACCUUUGCCCCUCGGAUGGGAGCAGGCCCGCACCGCCGAGGGACAGAUCUACUUCCUCAAUCAUCACACACGCACCACAACCUGGGAGGACCCGCGCAAGACGCUGGCCGCUCAGGCCGCCCAGCAGCACCAGGCGUCUCAGGAGCAGCUCCUGGGAGCCACCUCGCCACAUCCUGCCGCCUCCCCGCAACCUCAAGCCGCCACCCCCGACUCGACCACCAGCGGCGGGCGCGGGGUGCUCGCCCCCGGCCGACUCCAGCAGCCCCCGCCCGGACCGGCCGUGACCUCGACGUCACCAGCGGCCGCGGCCGCCGCCGCCGGUGAGCUCGGCCCCCUGCCCGACGACUGGGAACAGGCCAGCACCCCCGAGGGCGAGAUCUACUUCAUCAACCACGUGACCCGCUCCACCAGCUGGUUCGACCCCAGAAUACCCAUGCACCUACAACGACCAAUGCUGUCCCAGCUGCAGAACAGCGGCCUGCCGUCGCCUGUGAUGGGGGCCACGGCGGGGCCCAACUGGCCCAACUCGCUGUCACAAAACUUGCCCUCGGCUCAGAAGAUGCGUCUGCAGAGCUUGCAGCUGGAAUGCGAACGUCUUAAGCAACGACAACACGAAAUUCGCCAGCAAGGGCUGAUGAUGCGGCAAACGACUACCCUGAGCGAGGAGAGCUCUGUGAGCAAUGUUGUUUGUGGACCCACGGGAAUGGACCCCUUCCUUAGCAGCCUGACCGACCAUUCGCGCCAGGAGUCUGCAGAUAGUGGUCUCGGCAUGGGCACUGGCUACAGCCUGCCACAAACACCAGAUGAUUUCCUCAGCAUGGAUGACAAUAUGGACAACAUGGACAUCAAUGAGAGUGGUCCUGCAAGUCAAGAAAUGGCUUCGUUAGAUGGACCCGACAUCAGUUCUCUCAGCUCAGACAAUAUUGACUCGACUGAUGACCUCGUCCCGUCCUUACAGCUGAGUGAGGAUCUGUCAAAUGACCUGCUGCAGUCCAUCAUAAAUAAUGCUGGCAAGAAUGACAACACGCUCACAUGGCUCUAGUCUGCUUUAAGUUUGAAUCGAAGUAAUAACUUUUCUUUCUCACGCAAAACGUGUAUGUGUGCUUGCUGCACACACGCCUAGUUGUGUCCAUCCGAUAUCACCUCUUCACAAAGAUGGUCAGCUGAGAAGAUUUAAUUUUGGUGCUGUCCAAUGCAAUAUAUUAUUUUGUUCAUUUGACAAGCUUCAACAGUAUGUCUUGUUUCUGUUUAAAAUGUGCCACUUAAUGAAACACACACUAUGUUAUUACUAUUACUGCUAUAUAGAAAUUAAUUAAUUAAUUAUUUGCAUAUUAAAUUAAUUUGGUUAAUAGAGCAAAAUAACACAAAAGCAAUGCAUUCAAGUGAGACAAAAUGCGGUGGUGUGAAUGUGAAAAUGACCGAUGUUCUGCAGAAUGUGUUUUCAAAUUUUAUGUUGCUCAAUAUCCAUCCCGUGACAGCUAUCGAUGAUUUGUCGACGAUGAGAAAUGUAUGAUAAGUAUUAUUAUGUGUUACUUCUGUUGACAAGUAGAGAGUACUUAACUAAUUGAUUUAUGUAUGGUGCCUUUUACCACUUUUGUAGCGACAGAGUGCCUUCUAAUUUGGUAGCUGAAACACCAAUUUUGCUCAUUUUGAUUUUCCAGCCAGCGACUUCUGAGCAUGUAAUAAUUAAUUUGUGCUAUUAGCCCCUGGAUGAAGUGUAAAUCAUGUAAAGUUAAAAAUUUUGAUUUUAAGUUCGCCAAGUGGAAAAAUUGGCAACACUAUGGGUCUCAGCUAAGGAAAGCAAGUUGCUGAUUAACAUCUAUUUACAUAGAAAACCAAUUUUAUUAUAAUUCAGGCUGGAGUCCCAAAAGUAACGCAAUAAUUAAAAUGCUCAUUCAAACCCCACAAGCUCAGACACUCAAUCAAUUUAUUACGACCGAAAACGAAACAAAUCAAAAGCAAGCAACCUGGGCUAAAUGAAGAUAAUUUAGCCUCCGAGUUGCUGUAUGCGCCUUAAAAAAAAAAGAGAAGCUACUCUUUUGUGCCUCCUAAAGUACAAAAGCAGGCAGUUAACAUGCAACUGAGGAAUCCUUUUUUUACAUUUCGGCGAACAUUUUGUAAAUUUUGAAAAUGAUGAGAAACUAUGAGUGUGCCUUCAAGCGUCCGUCCUAUUUAUUAUAAAUAAUAAUAAUAAUAGAGUAAUACAUUUAAGUUUGUAUUUCUUUACGAUAACAAUCUACUUCCACUCUAUGAUGAAGCAAUCAAAUGUAUUUAUUGUGCUUGAUUUUUUUUAUUAUCAAAAAAUCGAAUUUCGGCAAGCAUUUUAAAGAUAAUAUUCUCUUCUCUGUACUGCUAUUAUUCUUAUUGAACAAUUAUUAACGCCUCGGUGAUAAUGAGAACAGAAAUUAAUUGUGUACAUGCAUGACAUAGGCCUAAAAGUGCAAUAAUCGAUUUUGUAAAUGUUAUCGACUUUUGUGUACAGAGUGGGAUGGAGUUGAUUCAGUGACUCCCAAGAAUUGGAAUGACAAUCAAUCAUGAUUAUGUAAUGAGUUCGCCUUCAUUGCGUUCUUUUUUCUCUCUGGAUAAUUUUAAGGGCCCCCUGUCUUGUGAAUGUGCGAGCGCGAGAGACUGGUGGUAUGAAAAUGUAUCACACUCAAAACACAAAAACCUUUUGUGGUAUUAUUCGCGUUAAUCAAUUGAUUUAUGAAAUAAUAAUGCAUCCCCGUCCGUCAUUAUUGUGACUCUGAUAUUGCGAUUUUUUGUAAUAUUCUUGGUGUUGGUGCUUUAAGAUUAGCAGAGAGUAACAAACACUCGUAUUAAUGUGGUAACGAUUUAAUAUUUUAUAAUAAUGCAGAGGAUAAAUAAGCGCAGCGUUGUAACUGACUUUGCUGGAUUCGCCUGCUAGGCGAUGAUUCUCAUUUUUACUCUCUCUCCUGUCAAACACGUUUGGACUUUUCAUGUGUCGAACCCCUUGUAGAAACGAUGCAUUGCCUCAUGUGCACCAAAAGAAACACCUGAAUUUUCUGACACACCUGUUCACCUGCGGAAGCUUCAAAGUGCAAAUAAAUAUUUACUAUAUUUGAUGCAAAUCUUUUUAACAUGUCACUGAAAGCAGCUUAUUAAUGAUUAAUUACAAAAAAUUAUUGUGACUAACAUGGCGUGACUCUCGACUAAAUAUGGUCCGAGUCGUUGAAUUAUAUCAAAAGCUGUGCAGCUUGAAGUUUAAUUUCGCAACAGCUAGGAACUUUUAUUUGAUGUUGGAAAUUAUAUGAAGGAGACUUGUAUUUUUUCAUUCAGUGUAAAUAAAAAAAUGCAAUAAAUAUCGCA